AUGGAACCAGCAACCACGAAGGAAUCGGUGGACCAUGUCGACGUCCUCAUCGUCGGCGCCGGUCCGGCAGGUAUGAUGAUGGCUUUGUGGAUGGCCAGGUGCGGAGUCAAAGCUCGCAUCGUGGAUAAGCGCGGAAGCAAGCCUCUUUCACGACAGAUCUUCAAUGGGCAAGCCGACGGUCUUCAGUGCCGCACCCUCGAGAUCUUCGACUCGUUUGGGUUCGCGAACCGCGCUUGGAUCGAGUCGAAUCACAUGCUAGAAAUAUGCUUCUGGAACCCGGACGAGACCGGCAAGAUCCAGCGAAGCGGUCGGAUCCCGGACACGAUCCCGGGCAUCAGUCGAUUUCAGCAAGUUGUUCUCCAUCAAGGGCGCAUCGAGCGCUUCUUCCUGGAUGCUAUCGAGAGCACCAGCCCCAUCCGGGUGGAGCGCGGGGUCCUCCCUACUAGCCUCGAGUUGGAUGCAAGUCUCGUGGAGGAUCCCGAGGCAUAUCCCAUCACCAUUAAGCUGCGCCACCUGACCGAGGAGGAGGCUACUCCAAAGCAGGUGGCAACCUCCGCAAAUGGUGUGGUAGCGCAAGAUGGACUGUUCCGUAGCAACCUCGCAGCGGACGAUACUGCCGAGCUGCUCAGGGGUGCCGAAUUAAACAGCAAGGCCAACACGGUUGAAACGGUCAAAGCAAAGUAUGUCCUCGGCGCAGAUGGCGCCCAUUCCUGGGUGCGCAAACAGCUUGGUUUCUCUCUCGAGGGCGAAUCGACAGAUUAUAUCUGGGGCGUCCUCGAUAUUGUGCCCAUCACCGACUUCCCGGACAUCCGCAUGCGAUGUGCUAUUCAUUCGGCCAACUCCGGGAGUAUCAUGGUGAUCCCACGGGAAAACAAGCUGGUCCGGCUGUACAUCCAGAUGACAACCACUGAGAAAACCGGCGAGGCAAGCUCCAGGGCUGACCGGUCCAAGAUCAAUCCUGAGCUCAUUCUUCAAGCGGCACAAAAGAUCAUCGCGCCAUACAAGCUAACGUACAGAACACUUGAUUGGUGGACGGCAUACCAGAUCGGUCAGCGGGUUGGGACUCAUUUCUCGGCCAACGAGAGGAUCUUCCUUGCCGGAGAUGCUGUUCACACUCACAGCCCCAAAGCUGGUCAAGGAAUGAAUGUCAGCAUGCAGGAUGCGUAUAAUCUGGGCUGGAAAAUUGCCAGUGUCGUCAAGGGUACUUCGCAUCGAUCUAUCCUCAAAACCUAUGAGGCGGAGAGGAGUCAAAUCGCCCACGACCUCAUCAAUUUCGACCACAAGUUCUCCAGGUUGUUCUCUGGUCGUCCAGCAAAGGAUGUUAUGGAUGAGGAAGGCGUGAGUCUUGAGGAGUUCAAGGAUGCCUUCCAGAAGGGCAACAUGUUUGCCAGCGGUAUUGCUGUGGACUAUGGGAAGAGCAUCAUUGUGGCCAAGCCUUCAAGCACGGGCACCUUGGAAAAUGGCACUAGCGAGUCCGAUCUGGCCGUACAAACCGCCCAGUCCCUUGCCACUAACGUGAAACUGGGAAUGCGCAUGCCAAGUGCAAAGGUACUGAAUCAAUCCGACGCAAGGCCAUGGCACUUCCAAGAGCGUCUUCCAAGCAAUGGUACGUGGAGACUCGUGCUGUUUGUGGGCAGGCUGGGUCUGCCUGAGUGCCGACAAGAGAUGACCAAGAUGUGUGAGCCUCUCGGGGCACCGCAGUCAUUUCUUCGACGCUUUACGCCGCAGGGUGGCCGUUAUGACUCUGUUAUUGAGGUUCUCACCGUACAUGCUGGGCCACGAACUGACUACACGGUCUUCGAUUUCCCUAAGGUUCUGCGUCCGUACGAUGAAGUUGACGGGUGGGAUUACAACAAGAUCUUCGUGGAUGAUGAUUCCUACCAUGAAGGACACGGCCAGUUGUACGAAUACCUGGGCAUCUCUCCGGAUAAGGGCUGCGCGAUUAUCUUGCGUCCCGACCAGUACGUGUCUUAUAUCGGCCCAGUCGGUGAUUACGAGUCCAUCGACAAGUUCUUCUCUUCUUUCAUGGUGGAUCAAACAACACGUAACUAG